AUGGUGCUGGGGGGUGAACACACCGAUGCAUGGGGAGCACCACUGGGCUCUGGGGAUGUGCAAGAAAACCUCUGUGGCCAUCACCCUGUGGCGCUCGGUGCCCUCUGGGUGCUCCAGACCGGGUCCAAGCACUUGGCACAAUCGGUAUGUGAGACACCUUUUCCCAACCCUGCUCCCCGCUCUGUCCCCUCCUGCCUCGCAGACAUCCCCGAGUGGAAUUUCGAUGGCUCCAGCACGGCACAGGCAGAGGGCUCCAACAGCGACAUGUUCCUGGUGCCCGUCUGCAUGUUCAGGGACCCUUUUUGCCUGGACCCCAACAAGCUGGUGCUCUGCGAAGUGCUGAAGUACAACAGGAAACCCGCAGAGACCAACCUGAGACACACGUGCAAGAAAGUCAUGGACUUGGUUAAGGACAGCCACCCCUGGUUUGGGAUGGAGCAGGAGUACACGCUGCUGGGCAUCAAUGGCCACCCCUACGGCUGGCCCGACAACGGCUUCCCUGGCCCGCAGGGCCCCUAUUACUGCGGGGUUGGAGCAGAUAAGGUCUACGGGCGUGAUAUCGUGGAGUCCCACUACAAGGCAUGUCUCUACGCGGGGGUGAAGAUCUGUGGCACCAAUGCAGAGGUGAUGCCCUCCCAGUGGGAAUUCCAGGUGGGCCCGUGCGAAGGCAUUGAGAUGGGAGAUCACCUCUGGAUGGCUCGGUUCAUCCUCCACCGCGUCUGUGAGGACUUUGGGGUUGUGGCUACUCUGGACCCCAAACCGAUGACCGGCAACUGGAACGGCGCUGGGUGUCACACCAACUACAGCACCGAGGAGAUGCGGAGAGAGGGGGGUCUCAAACACAUCGAAGCUGCCAUUGAGAAGCUGAGCAAGCGGCACGACUACCACAUCUGCGUCUACGCACCGCGGGGAGGCAGGGACCAAUCCCGGCGGCCUACCGAUCGGCGGCCAGCGGCCAACUGUGACCCCUACGCGGUCACAGAGGCCAUCGUGAGGACGACGGUGCUCAAUGAGACCGGGGUGGAGACCAAGGACUAUGCUGACCACUGA